UCCCUUUGCAGAGCAGCAGUGCCUGGUGUUGGCUGGUCCCAGCUGCAAGCGUGCCCAGCCCACACGAGUGCACCAGCAGCUCGGGACAGGGAGAUAUGCAGCCCAUCCCUGAGCUGGCAAAGGAGUAUCGCAGCCCGGCCACAGCGUUGUAACACCCGGACUGGCAUCCCUUGAGAAGAGUCCGUGCUCCAGCUGUGUGCCCCCGUGCAAGGGCAGGGACAGGCUCAGCUGUGAUGGGGACCAGGAGCAGCUAUGGAGGCGGCGCUGAUCUUCCUAUGCUCCCUGCUGGUGCCGGCGGCCGUGGCAGACGUGGCCACCCAGGAGAAGAAGGAGGAGGAGGACCCCUUUAACUACGAUUACCAGACCCUGAGGAUCGGGGGGCUGGUGUUUGCUGUGGUCCUGUUCACCAUCGGCAUUCUUCUUAUACUCAGCAGGAGGUGCAGGUGCAGUUUCAACCAGAAGCCCAGAGCUCCAGGAGAAGAGGAAGCUCAGGCUGAGAACCUGAUCACCUCAAAUGCAACGGGAGCACAGAAAGCAGAGAACUGAACAAGAGCCAUGCGACCCAGAGCCCCGAGGGCAACCGCUCGGACCGCAGAUGCCAGUGGCCUGCGAGGAAUCUCAAACCGCAGCACCAGGUCCCUCUAAGGAGAUGCGAAGCUGCUGUGUCUGUGUUUACCCUCUGUACUCCAGCACCGGUUCUCUGUUUACUAACCCGACUAAACUCCGCUCUCCGUCCUCUCUGCCUCCAGUGGUGUGUACUGUCGAUGUGAGAUGACCAUUACCUCUAGGGCUAGUCGUUGCUGAUGUUGUAAUCGUGACUUUCUCUUCACUUUUCUCGUGCUGUGCAUGUCAUUCGGGCUGCGUACGACUGACCGCCGCUGCCCCUCAAACCCAGGAACUGGGGGGGUGGAUGGGGAAGGGGCGACGCGGGCUGCGAUGCGCGGAGCCUGCUGCAUCCCCAGGAGCCCCGUGGACCCCCAGCGGUGGGCACUCGCGGUUCGCCCCGGCUGCCUUUGGGCAGGGCUCGGGGAGCAGUCCCGCAGGGUUUGGGGGACUGCUCGGCGCAUCUCGGGACCACGCCGUGCAUUGCAGCUUCAGCAAUAAUCCUCCUGCGUGCCCCCAAGCCCAAAGGCAGCCGCGGUGGGGCGAGUCGGGCACGGACAUCCCACGGUUCGGCUUCCCCGUGUUUUUAAGGCUGAAGGGAAGCCCCCCCUUUCUCGCCUGCUCGGCACUCCCCGUUUGCAUCCCUGGCAAAAUCCAAGUGGUUGGUGUGGGCUGUGCUUUUAAAUGUGAGGAAAUGCUGUGGUGGCGGAGAAGCCUGUGAAAUCCCCCAGCACGGUGACACUGUGAAAGAGGGUGACUGUGCAGCGGUGACCCUGCUAACCAGCACAAACCAGCUCCUCGCCAACGCUCUGCCUGCCCACAUGAUGGAGGUGGGCAGGGUAAACAGUCUCCGAGGGCUAAAGAGAAACACAGACUGAAGUAAAGAUCCUGUCCUUGCUUGUCUCUGGCAGGGAAGGGGCAGCGGCGUUUCCUCCUGGUGCUCCCUGCCCUUCCUGAUGCCUUUGUUGCUCCCUGCGCCGUGGCCCGGGACACGGCCACCCUGUCAUUUCUGCAUGUUGUCCUGUUGUGGUUAUGUGUUGUCAGCCCCAUCCCUCCCGAUGCCAACUGCCCCUUCUCCUCGCGGUGCAGCGGCGAGCGAUGCGUUGGGGGCUUUGCAGCCUGAGCUCGCGCAGCGGCAACGCGCCGGCUCCAGAGUCUAUCGUCACCUUCUGUCUGCUCGUGGGUCAGAGGCAAAUCUGUGAGCCUGGACCCUUUCCCCAAGCCCGUGGGCACGCAAAACCGCCGCCUCGGCUGGGGCUGGGGACUGCUGGCUUGGUGGUGGGUCCUUGCCAAGGCAGGGUCAGCCUGGGUGAAACACAUCCGAGUGCUGUCCACAUGCUGGGAAGAGUUUCUUGUUCUCUAGGAUGAUUCGGAGAGGGGGUUUCUGCUAUGCCCACCCCACCGCGGUGGCCCUGCUUUGUGCUUUGCAUCCCUCGGUGGGGCUGGGAAGCACGCGCUCUCCCAUCUGCGUGAGGCAGAAGCACUAAUGGUUGUGGUACCCGCAUCCCUUCCCUUCCUCCUGACCACGGCAGAGAAUUCCGCUCGCCUCCUGCCUCCGCAGCCUCGGGCAGAGCAGAGCCCUUGCAGCCCAUCCCCUGUGCCAGCUCUGCGUGCCCCGCGUCGCCGCGCCCGUGCUGUCCGUAGUGUGCCGUCGGUGUUACCACCAAACAAAGAAACCCCUGUGGUGUGUAGAAAUGGCAAAAUCCUGACUGUUGUAAAAUAAACCGAGCUAUUGUGUUUCCUUUUAAA